AUGGAAACUUCAUUAGCAAGCGUAAUCUUCGUCAAUGGUUCGACACCUACUGCUCACUGGUAUAAUGAGAUCUCAUUGUACAAUUAUAGUUCUCCGGGCUUCACUUCAGCAACUGGUCAUUUUACACAAGUUGCUUGGUCUGAUUCCACACAAUUGGGAAUCGGUAUUGCACUAACUAGCAAUAAUCUAAUAGCUUAUACUGUUGCUAAUUAUUAUCCUCCUGGAAAUAUUCUCAAUCAGUUUGCUACCAAGGUACCACCAUUAUGUGCUUCAACUACGACUAUUGGAAUAACAUCCAGUGCUUACUUUACAAUCGGUGGUGGACAAACAUUAGGUUCAAGCUCUUCCACCAAUACUGCAUCAACACCAACAACUGUAGUUGCUAAACGUAUUCGUCAAAGACGAAUAACUUCAUAUGAAGUUGUUCGUCUUUAUAUAGAUCGAAUUCGAUCUAUUCAAUCAUAUUUAAAUGUUUAUAUUGACGAAAGAUUUGAUCGAACAUUAAUUAAAGCACAAGAAAUCGAUCGUAUUUCAGAUAAUGAAAAAUACUUAUCUGAUCAAUGGAGGGAAGAACGGCCGUCUUUUCUUGGUGUUCCAUUUACUAUUAAAGAAUCAAUGGAAUUUCUUGGUUUUUGUAAUUUAACUAAAAAUGCUGCAAGAAAAAAUGUUAUAUCAACUCAAACAGCAAAAGCUGUAGGAAAUAUGUUACAAUCAGGUGCUAUUCUUUUAUGUAAUACAAACGUUAGUGAAGGAUGUAUGUGGUUCGAAUCACGUAAUUCUCUUUAUGAUGCAACAAAUAAUCCAUAUGAUUUAACACGUAUUAUUGGGGGAGUAGUUCAGGUGGUGCCGGUUGUAUUGUUUUAG